AUGCUGUCAGCGCGUCAGUUUCUCCGGCUCCCCUCUGCCAGUCCCAAGCGCGUCUCUUAUCAAAGAAACACACCAACUGCAUUGAAUCAUAUCAUUAUCAUGGGGACUGUUUGUUUUUCAUGGCACUUUUGUUUGUUUUUCGCUCUCUUGUUUACUGGCAGGUUUGCGGGAGGCAAUGGGGUCCCAGAUGCUGAUGAAUGUACCGAAGGGACAGACGACUGCCACAUUGAUGCAAUAUGUCAAAAUACACCUAAAUCCUACAAAUGCAUCUGUAAACCGGGUUAUAAAGGAGAAGGGAAACAAUGUGAAGAUAUUGACGAGUGUGAAAAUGACUUCUACAAUGGGGGUUGUGUCCAUGAGUGCAUCAACAUUCCAGGCAACUACAGGUGCACGUGCUAUGAUGGGUUCAUGUUGGCCCAUGACGGUCACAACUGUCUUGAUGUUGAUGAGUGUCUGGAUAACAAUGGAGGAUGCCAACAGAUUUGUGUGAACACAAUGGGCAGCUAUGAGUGUCAAUGCAAGGAGGGUUUUUUCCUCAGUGAUAACCAGCACACCUGUAUUCACCGCUCCAAUGAGGGUAUGAACUGUAUGAACAAAGAUCACGGGUGUGCACAUAUCUGCCGGGAGACGCCCAAAGGUGGGGUUGCCUGUGAAUGUAGGCCUGGCUUUGAGCUUGCCAAAAACCAGAAGGACUGCAAAUUAACCUGUAACUAUGGAAAUGGAGGCUGCCAACACACCUGUGAUGACACAGAUACUGGUCCUGUGUGUGGUUGUCAUCAGAAGUAUGCCCUGCACUCAGAUGGCCGAACAUGCAUCGAGAAGGAUGAGGCUGCAAUUGAGAGUUCUGAGUACAAUGCCACGUCAGUAGCUGAUGUGGACAAGAGGGUGAAACGGCGGCUACUUAUGGGACAACAUCUUGAUAUGCAGGACCCAUGUAUAUUCCUUAACAUAACUGGAGAAACCUGUGCUGUCAAUAAUGGAGGCUGUGAUCGUACUUGCAAGGAUACAGCGACAGGGGUACGUUGCAGUUGCCCAGUUGGAUUUACCCUGCAGCCUGAUGGGAAAACAUGCAAAGACAUUGAUGAGUGUUUGGUAAACAAUGGUGGCUGUGACCAUUUCUGCCGAAAUACUGUUGGUAGCUUUGAAUGCAGCUGCCAGAAGGGCUAUAAACUACUAACAGAUGAACGAACCUGCCAAGAUAUAGAUGAGUGCUCAUUCGAAAGGACUUGUGACCAUACCUGCAUCAACUACCCAGGAAGUUUUGAAUGUCUCUGUCACAAAGGCUACACCUUGUACGGCAUGACACACUGUGGAGAUGUUGAUGAGUGUAGCAUCAACAACGGUAGCUGUGACCAUGGGUGCAUUAAUACAAUGGGGAGCUAUGAGUGUGUCUGUCCACCUGGAAAGAAGCUUCACUGGAAUAAAAAGGACUGUGUUGAGAUGGUGAAAUGCCUCCCAAAUGCCAAACCAGCUCCUAAGGCUCAACUUGUCUGUAGUAAAUCAGGAGGAAUAGAGAGCUGCUUUUUGUCAUGCUCUUCCAAUACACUUUUUGUUCCAGAUUCAGAGAAUAGUUACACACUGAGCUGUGGAGUUCCAGUCCAGCAAGGCAAAGCCCAACAGAAACGCAACACAACGCUUCUCAAUUGUGCAGAUUCAUUAGCCCCACCGAUCAAGCAGAAAGCUCGCUUUAAAAUUAAAGAUGCAAAGUGCCAUUUACGGCCUCGCAGCAAAGAAAAGAUUAAAGACAUUGGGAAGCAAGCUAUUAUAGUGUUUGAAAAGAGCUUCCACAUCCUUAGACAUAACAACUGCCAGGUGACCUUUGUGAACCUCAAGUGUGAUUCCUCCAAGAAAAAACGUCGGGGCCGCAAGUCACCAUCGAAAGAAGUGUCCCAUAUCACUGCCGAAUUCGAAGUGGAGAUGAAGUCUGAGGAAGUCUCAGACACCUGUAACCUUGACUGUGUGCGGAAAAGGAUGGAGCAGAAGCUGCAAACUGCAAUCAAAACAUUGAGAAAAUCUAUUAACAAACAGCAAUUUUACAUUCAGUUUUCUGGGACAGAGUACGAAGUGGCUCAUAAGCCAGCUAAGGCUACUGAAGGACAUGAGGCAUGCAGUACAGGGCAAGUGCUGCAGGAUGGAAAAUGUGUUACCUGCAGCAUGGGAACCUAUUAUAGUGGAGAACAUAAUCAGUGCCUUCCUUGCUUACCAGGAACAUACCAAGACACAGAAGGUCAACUUACUUGUGAACCUUGCCCAAGUAACGACGGACAGGGAAUAGCAGGCGCACGGAAUGUGUCAGAAUGUGGAGGGCAGUGUUCUCCUGGGUAUUUCUCUUCAGACGGCUUUAAACCUUGUAGUGUGUGCUCUCUUGGUACAUAUCAACCUGAGCCAGGCAGGACUCUUUGUUUUCCAUGUGGCGGUGGGCUGGUGACAAAAUAUGAAGGCGCUGUUUCAUUUCAGGACUGUGAAACAAAAGUUCAUUGUUCUCCUGGCCACUACUACAAUUCUACAACACACAGAUGUAUCAGAUGUCCUGUUGGAACCUACCAGCCUGAAUUUGGUCAAAAUUACUGCAUUAGCUGCCCUGGGAAUACAAGUACAGAUUUUGAUGGCUCUACUAAUGUUACACACUGUAAAAACCAGCACUGUGGAGGGGAACUUGGAGAUUAUACAGGCUAUAUUGAGUCUCCCAAUUAUCCUGGUGAUUACCCAGCUAAUGUUGAAUGCAUUUGGAAUAUAAAUCCACCCCCAAAGAGACGAAUACUCAUUGUGGUUCCUGAGAUAUUUCUUCCAAUUGAAGAUGAGUGUGGUGAUGUUUUAGUAAUGAGAAAAAGUGCCUCCCCUACGUCAAUUACCACAUAUGAAACAUGUCAGACGUAUGAGAGACCAAUAGCAUUUACCUCCAGAUCACGAAAGCUAUGGAUUCAGUUCAAAUCAAAUGAGGGAAACAGUGGCAAAGGAUUUCAAGUCCCAUAUGUGACAUACGAUGAGGAUUACCAACAGCUGAUAGAAGACAUUGUUCGAGAUGGACGACUAUAUGCAUCAGAAAAUCAUCAAGAAAUUCUAAAAGACAAGAAAUUGAUCAAAGCUCUCUUUGAUGUAUUGGCACAUCCUCAAAACUAUUUCAAGUACACAGCACAAGAGUCAAAGGAGAUGUUUCCACGAUCAUUUAUAAAGCUACUGCGAUCAAAAGUUUCCAGAUUUCUACGACCAUACAAAUAGCUUCCUAGUGAUAUUCAAUUUGGGGUUAUUUUGCAUUCCUGUCAAAUAUUGUAUUUUACUCCACAGUAGAAACAUUUGCUAAUUGGAAGGCUAUUUUGUGCAGUCUUUAUUUUCAAUUAUAUAUUGAAGAAUAACUAUAAUGUUCUAUAAUUGUUAAAAGCCAAUAUUCUGAAUGGGAUUUUUACUUCAAAGAAGAAUACUUGUGGAUCCUUGAGUGCAUCCAAUUGAAGAUCCAAAUUUGUGUCUGCACUAGUGUGUCUUCAUGUUUCAUUUGAAAAUGUUUGUUUUGGAAAGUAUAUUUUCUAAGCCUUUUUAUUUUCUAGCAAAAAUAGUUUUCUUCUAAGCAAAGAAGAAACCUAUUCAACCUGGUUAAACAAACUACCUGUUUUGUGAUAGAAAGGAGUAUGUAGCAUAAAUACUAUUUGGAUUUUGAAUUGCACUUGAACUUUAUAUUUGAAAUUUUAGAAGAGAACAAAAAAAAAAUCUAAAUUUUGUUAUUUCCCAUUUGUGGUUUUGUGGAGACUUUGUUCUAGUAUAAACCAAAAAAAAGGGGGGAAAAAAGGAAGAAAAAAAAAGGAAAUGGAUGUAUAAUUUUGUUUUAUGGAUUAUACAAGAUUGAAUCCCAGGCCCUCCCUGUUUUAUCUACCCUAUUAUAGCCUUCUUCAAAGGUCUACCACUACCUGUCCUGCUGCAGAUACAGUCAUGGAAUUUUGUAUGCCAUUGGGUCUCUUUGAAGACUUUUACAAUAGGGUGGAUGAGAAACAAAGAAAAAAAAGUAGUAGUCUGUUUUUCUUUUCCUUAUUAGAGCAUCUAAUUAAGUACAAUAUAUAAAUAUAUAAAUAUAUACUUCUAUCUGUGGGUACAUUAGUAAUAUUAUCUUUAGUUACUGUAAAUAUUAUUCAGGCUUAAAUCUCUACUCCCACGCACAGUAUUUACUCAUAUCUAUUUGUGACUUCACUUAGAUGUUUAAAUAACUUCUGUGAGUGCUUGUAACUUCUGUUUAUCCCAAACUGAAGUAUCUUUGAAUUUUAUGAUACCAGAAAAGAAUAACUUUCACUUAGACAGUCUUGUCAAGCAUAAAUUAUUCGGUGGAAGGAUGAGAGAUUUUAGUUAAUGUAAAAUUCAUUAUUUUGCUAACUACUUUACAAUAUCUCAUUCAGCAAAUAGUCCUAUUCUUCCUCCUUAUUCAGGCACUCCUUACAUCAAAAUCAAUGGGAGUUACUACUGAGAAAGGAGCAAUGAAUAGGACUUCAGGAGAGAUUAACUUUUACAUUAGAUUUGCCAUCUCCAAAUCAUUACAGAAAUAUACCUCUUUUAUAAGCCAAAUUUCUAAAGGGGAAAAAACAGAAAUAAUUUUUGCAAUCCAUUAGAAAUAUUUUUAAAUUAAUUAAAUAUACACGAGUAGCCUAAUCCUACAUUCCUUGGGCACCCAAAACUCCCACUUACUUCAGUAGCAGAUUCACACCUAAAACAUCCAUUAGCUUCAUAAGAACAUAAGAAAUGUCCAUAGUAGGUCAGAUUAGCAGCCAUCUUCUGAGAGCAACAAAUACUAGAUGCAUGCGAAGAAGGUGCAAGAAUCUUGUAAUCCCCAUCAAUUCACUGACAUAACAGUGGAUUUCAAUGAGAGAUUGUAUAUUUUUGUUAGCACCACAGCCACUACAUUUUUCAGUUUCUUCAGAACUCUUGGAUGUGUACCACCUGGGGCCUGGUGAUUUGUUUAAUUUCCUAGGGAAGUUCACGACCCUCCCCUUUGUCCCUCCUCUUUAUUAUCUAAGGAGAGUAGGUAUCACCCCAACAUCUCUUGUGGUGAAGACUGUGGCAAAUAAAUCAUUUAACUUUGCUUUUCUACUGUUCCCUUAUCUCUCUGAUAAUCCAAGAGACCUAUGAAUUCUCUCAAAGACUUCGUGCUUCUGAUAUAUACUUUAAAGAUGUUUUACACUAAUUUAUAUGCAUAUGUUUUUUGUCUGGCUAUUCACUCUUCAAACUCCCAUUUGGCUUUCUUAAUUUCCAAUUAACAUUUUACAGGCAAUAGUUUCUGUUCCUGUCUCCUGGCUACAGUUGAACUGGAUUGCCAUUUCCUGAAAGAUACCUGUUUGGUUUGAAUCCCGUUUUUUAAUCUGGCCAUUUAGCUGUUUAGAGGAGAGGAUGAUGAACUUAAUUUUUUAACUGAUCACUAUUGCCUAGUAGGAGUCCAAGGAUGGGUGUCCCAAGGGAUGUAUGAUCCGUGCUCGCCCUAGUGGGUUUGUAGAAUGGAAAAACCAUUUGCUAAAUGUAGGGAGGCGUGAGCUAGUAGAAAUGCUAAUAAUUAUACAUAGUUUGUACAAUAAAGUGCAGUGAAUAAUAUGAGAAUCUAUAUAGAUGAUCACAAAUAUACAUGUAUAAAUCUGAAAGCUCAAAGACCACUACAAAGAAACAUAGUAUUUCAGAGUGAUGUGAACAUUGCAAAGGUGUCCCAGAAGUUAUCCAAAAUGGUUGAACUGGUCAUGAUUACCGCAAUCCAACUUAAAGAUAUUGGAAAACUGACUGAAAUUCUCAAAAGAAGACACGCAAUUUAAAGAAAUGAAAUAACACCAUGAUUUCCUGAAGGCUGCACAUUGUUCUCUGAACUUUCAAACUGCAUUUCUCAGUCUAAGGAAAUAAGUCUGGGUCUAAUGCUGCGCAGUACUGAAUGUCUCAUGCAGACUAUGUGGCACCUAAAACUCCCAUUCAGCAACUUGCUGGAUUGGUCCCAACAUCACUGUAAAAUAUUACCGGCCUGCAGGGCAAAUGAUUUUUUUUGCAACACAGUGCAAGGUAAUUUCCCUUGCAGGUCAGGAAUCCCUUUGUAGUGCAGUAACACUUUUAGGGCUUUCAGUUACACUGGUAUGAAGCCAGGACAAGGGCUUGUCUACACUAGGGAGUUGCCCUGAUCACGGCCAUUGGUGGCCAGCCAACAGUAUAACUGGACUAGUGGAAACCACUAGUGGAAGCAAGCUAAACGAUGGUUUGCACUGGUGCAAUUUACCCCAGCUUAAACUGGCUAUGCUACACUGGUGCUUAUUGCAGUUUAACUUGUCUACAGUAGAGGUUUGUACCGAUGCACCUACUCUGGUAUCUGGCCAUUAACUGCUGCAAUCCCCAAUAUAGACCAGGCCUAACUCUGAGGAUACCCUCCAUUACAUGGAUGCAACACUUAUUGAUUUGUUCCCACAUAAUAAGGGUAGAAUUUGCAUCAUUGAUUGUGCUACAAUCAAGAGAACAAUUUGGCCAUUACAAGUAUAUAGCUGACAUACUGAAUGUUUCUUAUACUAUAUAUGUAGAAAAUCAUAUAUUUUAUGUGAUGUUUGCGUUUCUCCUUAGAAAUGUGACAGGCAGUUGUGCAAAUUUCUAAUGAAAAAAAUUAGCAUCAAGUGGUAGAUAAUAUUUUCUAAGCAGAUUUGGGAUUCUUGUUGUUAAUGCAAGCUGGUUUUCAUAAAAACACAUAUAAUAUUUCACUUAUAUGAUAAAAGUAAAAAUUGCUAUUAAAAAUCCCCAUCCAAAAGUAUGGUAUGUGUGAGGGCUUUGAAAAACAGGGUUGGUGACUUAUAUUGGCAGAAACUGUCAUUCAUCAAAUAGAAUACGGUGCCACAUUAAUGUGAGUUGGGCCUCUUGUUUGUGAAUGUUUGUAUUUUAAUUGACAGCAGUCACAGAAUGAUAUGGCAGUUUGUCAGAACAUGUCACCAUUCAGUAACAGCAGCAGAGCAAGAAAUGUCUUGUUUUGUAGGUGGAGAUAAGCUAUCAAAAUUCUGAGACUCAAAGCACAUGGGAGAAAUGGGGGCAUUAAUGAUGCUUCCCUCUUCAUGAGAGAGGCACCUUCAUAAUACCAAAAUAUAAGAGAUUCAAAAUUGCAAAUUGCAGGUGUGAAAAAAAUGAUAGGUCUUACCUUAAUAGAGAAUAUUGCGUCUAAAUCUAGUGCGACAAAUGAUCUCCCAUUUAUGGCUUAACGUGUUACUACAGGGCAAUUGAAAAAUGUAUUAAUUUGUGAUGACCUAAUUCCAUAUCCAUAAAUGACCUUUUUUUUUUUUGUUCAAUUUGAAAAUGUUCUUAUGUUUAAAAGCUGAACACCGGUAGCACUUAUUUUUUAAGUCUCUCCUCCUAUCCUAUAUUCUGCACUUAUUGUUUUAGAGAGAUGGUAAUGAAUCAUCCCUAAUUAUUUUUCAUCUCCCACAAAAACGACAGACUGAAUAUACUUUCUGUGAUCUUGUAGACUGCAAUAAUUAGAAGUUGCUGAAUAAUAAUGCCAAAAUCAUCAUAUUUACUAAUUGUUAACUGUUAUGGGGUAGGCAUGUGGGUUUCAUUUGAGCACAGCCAGAAACAGGGCACUAAAUUCAAUGGGCCAGAUCCUCAGCUGAGUAUUGCCUUCAACAGAGUUACAACAAUUUUAACCAGCUGAGAAGCUAACUCAGUAAGACUGAAUAUUUAACUUUUGAUAUAUUCCUUCAUCCUACCAUCUUUCCCUACUUUCCUCCCUCUGUCAUACACAAGUUGCUUGUACACAAAUGAUCUCCCUUUCUAAAACACUGUAUCUUUUUUUUCCUUAUCUUUUUGUUUUGUUGUGUUUUGCCCCAGAGAGUAAAGUCAAAGCACUCUAUGGUAUAGUUAUUGGCCACGAGAACACCCGCAAACUUUGUGGAAGCAUUAAAUCUGAAGCUGGCUCUGUAAUUUGCCACUCGUUCCAAACCCUCUAACAGGUCUGAAGCAAAGCCCUGUAUUUGAACUUCCCAAUCUUUAGGAAGUCUUUAAUCCAGAUCUGGACAUUAUGCCUGCUGCAUAUGUCCAGUAGUUCUGUAUUUAUGGGAAUGAUUGUGCUAUCAGAAGAUGAUGUACAUUUAUUAACUCUGUCAUAUAUCUUCUCUAGGCAUGGAAAAUCAUGACAUACAAAGUCUAUUCUCCAUAGGCUGACAGACUGUACAUCCAAAAGGCUGUUAGUGAGUCCUUAACAAAUGAAUUGGGUUGACAGAAAGAAUUGAGGAGCUUUAGUGAACAGCAUCCUGUUCUUACACUGAAUCUUAGAAAAAGGGAGAGCCAUAUGCUGCAUCCAUGAAAUUCUUCAGUAACUGAGUUCAUUUAUACCAGCUGCCACAGUGAAUGCUAUUCUUCCCUCAUUGGUGAGAGAAUUGUUGGAAAAUAGGUCUCUCUGCCAAACCUUGAAAUUUAAACAGGAUCAAAGCUAUUUCUAUGAGCGACGAAAGAAUGUUCUGCAAAUCUUUGAAUUUAAUGUAUCGAAUGAUACAAUACUGAAGAAAGGAACUAUAAAAAGGCACUGGCCCUGAUUCUUCUCUCACACCAGUUUUACACCACAGCAAUUUCACUGACUUAGUGAAUUUACUCCUGUUUUACACUGGCUGAAGCAAGAGGAGAAUUGGGCCCAGCAUUUUCAGAGAGUCUGCAGUUUGAUUUAUUAGAUAGCUUCUAAUAAGCACGGUUGAUUUUUUCAGUCCUAUGUCAUACAAGUAGGACUAAAAAGAAGAGAUUUUCAUGCCACGUGAGCAAAUUAUCCAAAAUUAAACUUCCAAACUAGAAAGGCUCCCUUGUUAAUUUACCCAACAUGUUUGAAUUUAUUAUUUCAGCCAUUUUUAUAAAUAAACCAGGAUUAACUUUUGUGGAUAGCUACCUUCACAAUAAUCUUUAAGAGUGAAAGCAGCAUUGUAAUUCUGGGGGCUGGUCUACACUGCAGGGGAAAAUCGAUCUUAGAUACGUCAAUAACGUAGCUGAAGUCAAAGUAUCUAAGAUCGAAUUACUCACCGUCCUCAUGGCGCGGGAUCAAUAUCCGUGGCUCCCCCUGUCGAUUCUGCAACUCCGUUCAGGUUGGUGGAGUUACUGAAUCGA